AUGGCAAAAGACAUCGGGAAGGUGCUUAAAGCCGGCAAAGCCUUUAAAGGUGCCUUAAGGGAGGCGAAGGAUGGACGUGGCAGCUCCAAGGCCGUAGACCUUGAGGUUCCCCUGAACACCGAGUUCUGUGGUACCACCCUACGGAAGCUCAUGAAGGCAGAGGGCAUCACACGUGAGGAGGCCACAGCUGUCUUCCUUGCGUGGCAGGCUUCGUGUGAGGAGCAGGGUCUGCCGAGCGGGCCCACCCCUAAGGCAAAAGCCCCGAAAGCAGCCGACACCAAAACGCGAGUCACCGGCAAGCGUCCUCCCUCUCCUGAGCAGCCUGCCACCAAGAAGCCAAAGAAGGCAAAGGCAGAGGAUCCGGGCCCAGAUCCUAUGGUCUUUGCUCCCGCAAGUGCACAGGAUGUCGCUGAUUUCUUCGGCACAGAGAAGGAGAAUGUGCUGAAGAAUAAGAAGCAAGAGUCCGCCAACGAGGUCGAGGACCUCGAUGGUGAGCCGUGGGAUGAGAACGAGGGCUUGGAAGAGGAUUGGGAGGAUUCGGGAGACUGGGAGGAAGGCUGGGAAGGCUCAACAGAUGAGUAUGAUUGGGAGGCGGAGUACCCUGGCUUUUGGGACGCUUAUUGGGAGCAUAAGUAUGGGGAUGGCUUGGAAGCCAAGCUUGAAGCGCUUGUGGAUGGCCAGGAGCAAGCCCUGGCACUCUCUUGCCCAGCAGGACCUGCCGAACCAAAGGAGGGGACCACACAAGAAGCCGCAAGCACACCAACAGGACCUGCCGAACCAGAGGAGAGGACCACAGGAGAAGCCGCAAGCACACCAACAGGGACCCCGUGCAUGCCCCAUGAUCCAAGCCAAGCGGACACCCAACCCCUGGAUACGGAUCUCGAGAUGCAACAGCUUGAAAUUCACAACAAACAGUUGCAGGAUAUGCUGCGACGACAGAAUGCUACAUCCUUCGGUUCUGCUAGCCCAACAAAAGGUGUGGAGCCGCUGUCAGCCAAGACUAUUCAGGAGGAUCCUAAGGAUGCCACCCCUGCAAUGACGAGACCUAUUGCCACGCCUGUUCGAGCCCCUGCUCCAGCCGCUCUACCGGCUCUACCAGCUGCUCCCGCCGAGGUGCCACAGUGUUCUGAUCCCCAGGAGCCUGAGGUGAAGGUGAACAGUUCUACCCAUCCAAAGGAGUAUGCCAAACUUAACCGGCUGUACGAUGCGGGCAAGCUGGCGGCUUUCCCGGAGAUGUCGAAUCUCUGGGAAAGCAACCUCCAGGAGAAGAACAAGCUGCUCAGAAAGUUCAUCUCUCACGGAGGAGGCGAAAAAGAUGAACACAGCCCUGACAACCUUUCCCUGACGCGCUUUUGGGUCGUGGUGGACCGCGAGAAGACCGAGAUGGAGCGAUCAAAGAUCAGUGCUCAGAUCAAAGUCAAUGCGGUAGCCGAUGAAGCUUUCAUGGCUGGCUUGGGGUCGAACGGCUUGCCGUCGGUUUUGCACCGAAGUGCCCCUGCGACUGCUGCGCACCCCUUAAAUGGGGAUGUGCUCAAGGCCUUUGACAAGUACAACACCGGGCUUCAGGAAGCUGCUGCUGCGGCCUGUGGCUUGUCUGAGCUGUGUGAAUGCAACUGCGGUUUGAUUAAGUUCGUGCUACGCUGCUACGUGCCACCCAAAGGCAAUGCUAGUGGUGCCGGUCGUGGGAAAGCACCGAAGAAACGUGCUGGUGCGAAAUCUGUGGCUUCUGCUGCGACGACAAAAACCAGGGCAAGCUUGCUCAACGAAGUCUUCAGGACGGAUGAGGAUAAGCAUCAGCGAUGGAGCCAAGAGCUCAAAAAGGAGAUCAAUGGCCUCUCCAACCUGAUGCUCGAUUUGGGCGAUUCGACCAAGGAGACCGAUAUGAAAUCAAUUUUGGUUCGUUACGAGAAGUUCAAGGAGCUGAAGACCGCCGAGGAAAUGGACCCCAUCUGCCAGCAGAUCCACGACCAGGCUACCUGGGUCAUGGAGCUGAGGAUGGAGAAGGCCCAAGCACGGGCGUUGGUGACUGAGCUACGCAAGCACGCUUGUACUGGACGCACUAGCAAGAAUGCUGGUGUAACGCACAAGCUGGACAAUGUGCUGGCCAGGUCUACUGCUGGUGGCGACAACACGAUCUCCUUGGCCUGCGAACUGGGAGACAUUUAUGGAUCUAGUCUCAUGAGUGGCUAUGAUUCACGACCGUUGCGAGAAGACGAACUUCAUCAACGACUUGCAAAAUCUGGUCAUGCAUUGAAAGCAAACCUUUCCUGGGCAACGGUGCCUAUAUGCAAUGCAGAUGAUGAAAUGGCCUUUGAACCCAUGCCGGUGAUUCUGCCCUCGGAGAUGGCUUCUGCUCUCGUCCAGGCCGGCUUCGGCAGAACAAUGGUGUCGGCGAAGCCUGCUGGGUUGCGAAAAUAUUGGCAACACAUGGCUCAUGAUAUGGGCCCUGGGUUUCAGGAGUACGCGGCGAAGUUGGAUGGCUACCAGCUGGCGAGCCGCUACAUACUGUACUCCAUUCCUACAGAACUGUACUGGGUGGAAGAAGGCACGAACAUGACAUUGCAAGGCAUGAAUGCAGCAAUUGUUGCAGACAUCAACAAGUUGAUUCACUCUGGCAUUGAAACUGAUGCGGUUGGCUUCCGUGGAGAUUUGAAAUACCUCGCGCAAGCCUUCAACUUCAAGAGGAAGCCGGGGAAAGAGCAGGUGUGCUUCAAAUGUCUGGCUAGUAUGGGGCGACGAGACUGGAGCACAGUCUAUACGGAUUUCUCGGCAACAGCAGGGUGGCGUGGCACACAGAGCACCGCACCGGAACCUUGGGACGAGUGCCCGGAGUUUGCAAAGAUGUCGUUUUUUUCUGCAAGGCUUAUAAGGGCCGAUUGGAUGCAUUGUUGGCACAUGGGAGUGGGCCGUGAUUUGGCUGGUGCGGCCUUAAAGAUAAUGGCCAGGUGCAAGUUUUGGUAUCCUUUGCGAAACAUCCAGCUGCGUUUGCGGGCUAUGACACGUGACAUCAAAGAGUUUGCCAAAGGUCGUGGCAAGCAGCUUUCUAUCAAGUAUUUGAAGAAAUCGUCUUUGCAUUGGUAUGUGGAUCAGUGUCCUGAGCUACACGCCAGUGCUUACAGUGCUUACUACACGGCCGUGAUCAUUUCAUGGCUAGCCUCGAAAUUGGAAGCAAAGCCCCCUGAGGGGAGUCGAGCGUGGGGAGAUGGGCGAGCCACCGUGGUGAUUGGAGUGAUCAUGUGGACACCUCAGCUGGCUACGGGAGACGCAGCGACCCGUGGCAGCGUGAAACUAGAAAGUUCUGGGGUCACGGAGGGUGAGACGGCCAUGAGCGAGGGGAUCGAGGGCGUGAUUCAGGAGGCUUUCGAGGCGGUCCCUGGGCAGAUGGCUUACGCGAUUCUGGACACCAUGGUCGCUGGUACGAUGGCUCCGGCCCUGGAUCAGAACCAGGCUCCUGGCAAGAUGCCCGAAGCUACGAUACGCACACGGACUGGGGUGCACAAGGCGGACAAGGACAACGACGACCUCGGCAACUCAGCGCGCUCUUACCUGAGGCAGAUUGAGGUCUGGAAGCGCAUCACCAGAGCCCCGGUGACCCAGCUCGGCUUGGUCCUCUACCAGAACCUCAGUGGCAAGGCAUGGAUUGCUGCAGAGGAGCUUUCGGUUUCCAAGUUGAGUACUUCGGAAGGGCUCGGGUACUUUACGUCUUGGGUGUCGGCGAGAUUCCUGGACUUGGAAGUUGCUCGGAUAGGACGUGCCUUUUCAGACUUCUUCAGAAAACUCCGUCGCAAGCCCUCGCAAACCAUCAGGGAGUACAACACCGAGUACGACAGACUGCAUGGAAGGUUGCGAGAGGUCGGGUGCUCUCUUCCUGAGGAGUGUGCGGCGUGGUUGUACCUGGACCGCUUGCAGCUCGAAGAGUCUCAGGAGCUGAACCUCUUAGCGAGCGUUGGAAACAGGUACAGUCUUCAUCACCUACAGCACGCUGCAGUACUUCAUGACCGAGGCCAGCGCAAGCCCUGGGAAGGAGCAGCAGGAAAGGGGCGAAGGACAAACUACGCCCACAUGACAAACCACGACUCCAGCGAUGAAGACGAGGACGGCGAGGACUACGAGAACGGGAUCCCGGAGGAAGUCGCGGAGGCACUGAUGACCUACCAGUCGGCGAAGGAGAAGUACCGUGCACAACAGCGCUCCCGAGGCACCGUCGACGGCAACAAGAACGGGAAGGACGAGACUGGCGGGGGCGAUGGCCGCCCCAGCGCGGGGGAUCGGGACUCCAAGCUCAGGGCUAUGAAAGCCCGCUCGUUCUGCGGAGGUUGCGGCAGAAAAGGGCACUGGCACAAGGACGAUGCCUGUCCCCUGGACCGGAAUGGAGGUGCCAAAGCCGACGCCCCAAAGAACGUGGCCAUGACGAAUGCGAUGCCCGCCGACGUCUACGCGCUGAAGCACGUCUCCGACAACCUCAUGGGCGUGGCCGAUACCGCGUGCGCCCGCACGGUGGCGGGGACGCAGUGGCUCCAGUCCUACACCAACAUCCUCGCCGAGAUUGGGGAGAAGCCGCUGCUGAAGAAGGAGUGCGAGGCCUAUAGGUUCGGCACCGGGAGAGUUCACUACUCUUCCUUUUAUGUCAUCGUGGGCUUCAGGCUUGGUGGCUACAACAUCCACUUGAGGACUUCGAUCAUCACCGGGGAAAUCCCGUUGCUCCUCAGCAAGAUGGUGCUUGGGAAGCUGGGCAUGAUUUACGAUGUUCAGCAGGGCAAGGCUGAUUUCCGGGCCAUAGGACUUCGUGACUACGAGCUUGCCUCCACGGCUUCAGGUCAUCCGGCCAUUCCGAUUUGCCCGGUCGGUUUGUCUGCAGGCGAAACGCCGGAUCUACAGGUUGAAGACUUGCGACUGCAGCAGAUCGGGCAAUACACGGAGGUUUAUGCUGUAGCUCAUUGUGGACCCCAGCCCCCAACGUAUUCCGGCAUCUUCUAUGAGAAGAAACUUGACCCUGGAACCCGUGACAUGUUGAGUGGUGAUCGCUUACCCCUUGCAGUGUUCCAUUCGUGGUGGGAGAAGUCGUGUAUCGAUCGAGAUUUUUGGUUUGAGACACCGUCUACCUGGGUGAGAGUGCACAUGGACUGUGUUCUACAAGUUGCCAUCCCCCGACCCUUCUCGCUGCAGCCCCUGCGGCGAUCAGACUGGGCGCCACGGUGCACCACACAUGGUCCGUCCAAGAGCACGAUCCGGGAGCACAUCGACACCUUCGCGGAGAAGACGGCGAGCCAGCGGAUGCGAGGACUGAGCUCGAUGACGAUGCCCGAGCUGACCAACAAGGCGAUCGAGAUGGGAGUGCUUGUACUCGAGAAGAUCACGAAGGGUGCGCUGUUGAAGCUGAUCCGCAGCACGGUCAGCAGCCCCGGGGACACCAUCAUGACGAUCGGCCGGUGGAAAGGGAGUCUGUACACGGAGAUCCUGGACUCCUACGGCAGCUGGGCGGCGGCAGAGGUGGCGAGGUCUACGAACAGCUCGCCGGAACUCGUGAUGUGUGCGAGGUGGUGGAGCGAGCAGCAGAAGAACAAGGCGGGCCGCGCGAAGAUUCCGGUGGAGGACGAGGACUACGAAGGCACGGUCAGUUCCCACAGGUUCCGCCAACCGAGUGGGAAAGGGAACACGAAGGCGACCCCAAAGCGGAUGAGUCCCGAGCUGCAGGAGAAGACGGAAGGGAAGAUGGACUCGCAGGCGGACGCAGCGGUGCUACCGGAGAUCGCGGACCUGGAGACGAAGUUGGCGAUCUUGAAGGACAAGGCCAAGGCGGACCAUGAGGUCUAUACGACACGGCACCACGAGCACCACGAUCAAACUCAACGGCGAGUACGUUUUUUAAGUCCUGGCGAUGGUCCGGAAGGCCGACUUCGUGACGAUAACGGCCCUCCUCGACAUGUACGCUAUGGUGACGACUCCUACAAGUGGGGAGACUUCUCCUUCGAGAACUGCCAACGCAUCCUGGAGGACCUUGUCUUUGGCCGCGGAAAGCCGACCAUGCGGGCGGUACAAUUCGCUGAAGAGGACGGGGCCAACUACGACUGCGUGACCUACGGCUUGUUCACCCACGGUGGAGUUCAUGGGUUGACGAGAGCUACCAAAGACGAUGAUGCAUUGGUCAGGUUCCUCAACCACUUUGGCCGGGAACACCUUGGAGGCGAAGCUAAGUGGACGUCGAUCUCGGUGACCAAGGACGUGGCCAUCGGGAUUCACAAGGACUCCAACAACCUCCGCGGCUCCCUCAACUACUGCGCGACGGUCGGGCAACAAAGUGGAGGUGAUCUGUGGCUGGAAGCCGAUAUCGAUGAGGCCCAAGCUCAAGGAGGAGAUGUUGCGUGGAAAAGAGACAAAGGUGGAUGGUUACCUGGUCGCUACCACCGCACGAAGGAGACGUUCUUUGCCUUCGACCCCUUCAAGAAGCACUGCUCCACUACGUGGGAAGGAACACGAUGGUGUAUAACUCAUCACACCGUGAGGGGGAUCACCGAGGUCGGCAGCGAGAUCAAGAAGUUCCUCCGCGCAGCCGGGUUUCCGGUCGCUCACCACAAGAACUACAAGAAGGAGUCUGCGAGCAAACCCCCGCCCAAGAAGAGCAUCAGGAACAACAUCAUGAAUUCUGCCGGGAAGUUGAGUGUUCUCAUGGCAACUCUGUUGGCCGCCACUGGGACCUACCUCAACGAGAUGAUUGGGCCACCCGCCGACUACGACCCCAUCGUGAUGAUGGCCGUGAUCGAGCCACUGAUGUGGCCCGAUUUACUCGACCCCAAGACGCAAGAGAACGCCUACUACUUUGUCACCGGAGCAAGCCCCGGGGAACUACGGAUCCACCUCGACGAGAUGCCGGGUGGUCUUGAAGCCUUCGUUAAGGGGCUAAUCGGAGACCAAAUUCGCGAAGGAGGAGAAGUUGUGCUACGAGGAAGCCGGGCACAUGAGUUGGCGGAGGGGCACGAGAGCUACCUAAAGCACAAGACCACCGACAACGAGGACGCAUGGGUCAUCCUUGGGAAGUCCAAGGCUACCAAGCACGCGCAGAUCGCGCGACCUACGGCUUUGCCCAGGCUGCUGAACUUCAACUCUUGCGUUGGUGUCGACAUCUUCUACUGCCACGACGUCAACGACGUGAGGCACGCUUUCCUUGCCAUUGUCGACUGGGUACAGGCCGGCCUUGCGCGACUUUGCGAUUGGCACAGCAUCAAGGUGAAGGAUGUUGCAGCGCAAGCAAAGUGGCAGGGCGGAGUGACUGAGAGACAGAUCGGAUGGUUUAAGGGGAUCUGGGAGCGCGUUGUCCAUGAGCUGAGUGUCGGAAGUGAGGCUGCCUUGGCUGCUUCUAUGGUGUGUGCAGCCAAGAACGAUUUGAGGAGGAGAUGUGGCCACAGUCCCAGUCAAUGGGUGCUUGGCAGAUCGCCGCGGGUCCCCGAGGAUUUGUGCGAUCCCGACUCCGGUGAGGCGGCGACCUGGGAUCUCACCAAGGACUCCAAGUUCCAGCGGGCCACGGCUAUGAGAACGAGUGCGAGGAUCGCUUUUCAUCAAGCGCAAGGAGACGACCGUCUACGACGAGGCCUACUACACCGAGCGAGGACCACCAAGGCAGUCUACGAGAUCGGCGACUCAGUGCACUACUGGAACCAGCCUAGGGACAGACGGAGGCCACACUGGGCAGGACCGGCGGUUAUUGUCGGGAAACAAGGGGGAAGCUACUGGGUCUCAAGAGGUGGGCGUUGCAGACUGACGGUCCCCGAACACCUCAGGUGUUCUGGACCAGAAGAAGUCGGCGAGUACCUCACCAUGAAGAAUGUUCAAAGUGAGGUGACAAAGCUGUUGGCCAUGGAUAUCGACGACCCGAACACCUACGCCGAGGAAACCAUCAACGAGGACUACAGAGAGUCCAUCAAGCGGAAGGGUGAUGAAGGUGAUCACCUCUCCGACUACGAGUACUCCGACUACGAGGGCGACGAGGUGAUCCUUGACCCGGAGGGCGACCACGAGAUGCCUGAUGAACACCAGGCUAUUGAACCCGAGCUGAAGUGGGAAGAGAUUCCCGACCACGCCAAGAACCUUUUCAAGGAAGCCGAGAAGGUCCAGUGGGAAGAGCACCUCUCCUACGACGCCUUUUUGAGCCACCUCUGCGACUGGCGAACAGCCAGCGUGGAGAUUAAGAGCAGAUUGGUGAUCGGGGGUCAUCGCGACCCUGACCUUGGCGUGGAACCUCUGUCUACGGAUGCUCCCACGUUGUCAAGACCGGGCUUCCUGUGUCUGAUGCAGCUACUGGCGAAUGGGUUGGAAGCUGAAGAUAAAUGGAUGGUUGCAGCGGGUGACAUUCAGUGUGCCUUCCUUACGGGCGGCUACUUGGCACGUGGGGAGGAUUUGUUCCUCCAUCAGCCCCGCACGGGCUUUCCGGGUCUUUUGCCCGGGCAACUGGUGAGGAUCAAGAAGAACAUCUUCGGUCUGGCCACUUCACCCCACGAGUGGUGGAUGGAUCUGCAGGACGGCAUGGGCAAGGCCAGAGUCAGCUGCCAUGGAAAAGAGUACGCGUUUGAGCAGUGCGCGCUGGAUCCAUGCAUCUUUGUCCUGCGAGAGUACUGCCAAGGGAAGUUCAGCGGAAGGCCAAUCGGCUACGUUGGGAGCCACGUGGACGACUUGCUCAUCGUGGCGGGUCGCAAAGUGAACAAGCUGAUUCAAGAGGCCUUGUCACGGGCCUUUCCCAUUGAAAAAUGGGAGGAGAACCACCUCGACUACAUCUGGAGCGAGAUCAUCUGUGGGGAUGACGAGGACCUUGCGGGCCCCGACCUGAUUGCGGACAAUCAGUCCCUUAUUGGGGCACUCUCGUGGCUUUCGGCCCAGACACGGCCGGACCUGACAUGCAGUGUUAGCUUGGCACAGCAGUUGCAGAAAGCCCCGACGAUCGCCGAUGUCAAGUUUUGCAACCUUAUCUCGGCUCGGGCGGUUCUCUACAAGGACGAAGGCCUACGGUUUCGCCCGAUCCCGGACGAGUGCUUUGGAGUCAUCGUCUACCACGACGCCGCCUGGGCGAACGCCGUCUUGGAGGACGAGGCCGACGACUACUUCAAGUUGACCCCCGAAGACCACGAGGCGGGCCUACAGAAAGAGGCCAACCGCGAGAGAAAGGCCAAGAGGAUGAAUUCAAAGGUGGCAUCACAAGUCGGCGCGCUUAUUGUGUUCGCCGACAUGGGCUGUGUGAAGGGUGGCGCCGGCAACUUCUCCAUUGGAGAUUGGAGAUCGCGAGCAGGCCAACGGGUCUGCAGAUCAACUUUCGGGGCCGAGACACAGGCCUAG